AUGUCCCGCCAACUCAUCUCCAGCGAGAAGUUCCCUCCCAAGCCUCACAACUGCCCCGCCACAAAAGUCCCCGGCCUCGUCUUCCUCGCCGGCCAAACCGCCACGGGCGAAAUCAAGCAAGCCACUCGCACCGUCCUCCAAAACCUCAAAGAAGUCCUCGAGCUGUCCGGCUCAUCGCUCGAACAAGUCGUCAAAUACAACGUCUACCUUGCCGAUAUGAAGGACUUUGCGGCUAUGAACGAGGUCUACAUUGAGUUUCUGCCUAAGCCGAUGCCCUCGCGGUCGUGCUUGCAGGCUCUGCCUCCUGGAGAUGGCACGGUUAUUGAGAUUGAGUGUAUUGCGCAGGUUUAG